AUGAGUAGCAUACUUCACCCAAACAAACCAGAUUAUGUUGUUGACGGCAGGGUUGUACUGGACGGUUAUGUGGGUCAGUGUUCACACACGCAGGGUGAGACCAGUCCAUGGAUAACUGUGGAUUUAGGCACCAUCUACGUCGUACAAUACGCCACUCUCUUCAACAGAAUCGAUGCUCAUGGUGACCGAUUACGUAAUGUGUUCGUCACUUUGGGUGACACAGGUACAGAAUUCCCAGUGGAGUGUGGGCAGUUCAAGGGUCCUGGCGUAAAUGCAGAAGUGGCCCACGUUAUUUGUCCAAAUAACGCACGUGGUCGUUUUGUGAAAACCGAAAUUAAGGGUCAAACUCCUUCUGAGAUCGUGGUUCUGUGUGAAAUCAGAGUUUUAACUUCACCGUGA